CCAAUCUGACAACGACAAGCAGGUCACCACCCCCUGACAGUCCUGACGGACAUGCAUUCUUCGCGAGACCGGGCCAUUUGAUGGGAGGUCCACUAUGACGAUCCGUCUGAUUCUUGGCUUCGCAAAACGUUUGGCGAGCGGAUUCCCCAAAUGGAGUUUCGAGUUGCAGCGAAGCGGCCAGCGGCCAGUGGCCAGCCACCGUGCGGCAGAGUUUGGCGAGAUUCGAGAAAAGGGUGAAGACCAAAAGGGAGGGGGAAACUUGGGUGCGCUUGGGAAGGGCAGGAACGGCUUUCCUUGGCGUUUUUACGUACACGUGUUGAGCAGGUGAGCAUCAAUGCCUUUACCUUCUUUGGCGGUGGGAAAACAAGCCCCGAUGGCUCCGUAACCCCCUUGGCAAAGGAUUGUUUGGUUCUUGACCGUCAGAAGAAGCUUUGGCGCUUCCGCUUCUUCUUCCGACCGUCCACUGCCAAGGUUUCGUUUCUUUUUCAUCCAAAGAGGUCGCACUUCACCUCGUAUCGGAGCGUUGGUUUUUUUAGUUACAAGCCGUCCUCCUCCGCUGGACGAACCGACGAACUCUUUCUCGAAACUACGGUCAUUCACCUCGUCUUGACGGGGAAACGACAUGAGUAACCAGUUGCGCCGAGCAAUGCUGCCGCUGCCCUCUUUAUCCCCGUACCCUGAGCCGCCAACAUGAUCACCAUACGCCGACGACCCGCGAGGGUACCAAUCUACCUGGGCAUCGCCCUUAUACUGUUGUUGGUCUGGCAUACCGGUUUUCCCGCCGGCUGGAGCGCUGGAACACUCAACUACAACGGCAUCCGCUACCGCAAGUCAAGCUACGACUGGGCGAGCCUGAAGCCCGAAUAUCCACUAGAGAAGCCGCUGCGUACGCCUCCGAAAGGCACUCCCGUCGAACUCCCACGAGUCCAGUACGAUUUCGACAGCAGCAAAAAGCAAGCGGGAAAGAAGACGAGCAAGAAACUUUCACACGAUAAGAACGGCGACCGUGACCGGGAGAGGCAGACUGAGUCGAGACGGGCUGCCGUGGUCCAUGCCUUCCGGCGGAGCUGGGCGAGCUACAAGGAGAAUGCGUGGACGUGGGACGAGCUCACUCCCGUAUCGGGCCAUGGCAAAACCACAUUUGGUGGUUGGUCGGCCAGUCUGGUCGACGGCCUUGAUACUCUAUGGAUCAUGGGAAUGCACGAUGAGUUCCGCCGGGCCGUCAGGACUGUCGCGCUGAUCGACUGGUCCAACACUACGGAGACGGCUGCCAACAUGUUUGAGACGACGAUCCGCCACCUGGGCGGUCUCAUCAGCGCCUACGACCUGAGUGGCGAGCCGGCCUUGCUGGCUAAGGCCGUUGAGCUGGGUGACAUGCUGUACAUGGGCUUUGAUACCCCGAACCAUAUGCCGCCUUUCUGGUUCAAGUUCUCCGACGCCAAAUACGGCACGCAAAGGGUGGGAGAGCGCGAGUCCUCGGCUGCGGGAUGCUCGCUCUCCAUGGAGUUUACCCGCCUAUCCCAGCUGACGGGCGACGCGAAAUACUACGAUGCCACAGAGCGAGUAAAGGAGUUCCUCGUCAGGACGCAGACGCGCAGCAAGCUGCCCGGCAUGUGGCCCAUGUAUAUGAACUACCGCGAUGAGAAGGUAGAGGACAGCUCCUUCACGAUUGGCGCCCAGGCCGACUCCCUCUACGAGUAUCUGCCCAAGAUGCAUGCCCUGCUAGGCGGUCUCGACAGCGAGUACGGGAAGCUCACAGUGGACUCUUUCGACGUCAUCGACAAGCACAUUCUCUUCAGGCCCAUCCUCCCUAAUAAAACAGACAUCCUCAUCCCAGGCAACGCCUUCGCCCACGGCGACAACGUCGACCUGACGCCCGAGAUGCAGCACCUGGGCUGCUUCGCCGGCGGUAUGUACGGCCUUGCUGGCAAGCUCCUGGGCCGGGACUCGUACGUCACCAUUGGCGAAAAGAUCUCCCGCGGAUGCGCCUGGGCAUACAAAGUCUUCCCCACGGGCAUUAUGCCCGAGAUCAUGACAUUCCACCCCUGCAACGAGCCGAACCACGGCGCCUGCGAGUGGGACCAAAAGACGCACGGCAGCAAGAGCGACGUGCCUGGCGGCGUCAAGCAGGUCCGCGACAGCCGUUACAUGCUCCGCCCCGAGGCCAUCGAGAGCAUUUUUUACAUGUACCGCAUCACGGGCGAUGACGAGUGGCGCGAGGUCGCGUGGGACAUGUUUCAGAGCAUCCGGCGCGCGACGGAGACGCCGCUGGCGUACUCUUCCAUUGCCGACGUCAAUGUUCAGCCGGGGCAGACGACCAAGACGGACUCGAUGGAGAGUUUCUGGUUCGCUGAGACGCUGAAGUAUUUUUUUCUCAUCUUUUCGCCGCCCGACGUGAUUAGUCUGGACGAGUGGGUGCUCAACACGGAAGCGCACCCGUUCAAGCGGCCCAUGAGGACGGAUCAUGUCGAGACUGAGGCAGAGAUUCGGGAACAGUCCAAGUAGAAUCAUACUUAAAACGACCAUCAUAUACGGUGACCGGAAGGAGUGCUAGCAUCAGGUGCAUUUUAGAUGGGUUUAUUGCAUUGGGCGGAUACAUAUGUGCACUAGUAUAGACAAGAAGAGGGCGCGGCACGUUGCGAGUCUCCGUUUAGAAGCAAGG